AUGGCCGAGGCUCGCGAUGUCUUCGAUCGAAUCCCCCAUCCGGGAAUCGUCGCCUGGAACGCACUCGUCUUGGGGUACGCUCAAAAUCACCAGGAAGAGGUCGCGCUCGAAAUCUUCUCGGCCAUGGCGUCCCGCGAUUCCCACAGCUUCGUGGCUGCGCUCCAGGCGUGCUCUAAUCUAGCCGCCAGGGAGGUGGGAGCGUUCGUUUCCGCGCCAGAGCUCGUCGUCAAGUGGAAAUCUCUGGAGAGGGCCAUGGAUUUACACUCUAGAGCUCGAGCUCAUGGGAGUUUCGGCUCUGCCACAGCAGAUUUGUUCGUCGCCAAUGCUUUGAUCGACGUCUACGCGAAAUGUGGAAGCGUGAGAGACGCCCAGGCAGUGUUUGACGCCAUGGCUCAUCGCGACGUGGUGUCUUGGACGGCUCUCAUGCUGGGCUACGUCCAAGAUGGCGAUGGCGAUUUUGCUCUGGAGCUCUUCCAGCGUAUGAGACGAGAUCGCUGCCGGCCCAAUGCUCUCACGUUUGCCGCUGCUGUUAAGGCCUGCUCGAUCAUCGCUGCGAAGAAUAUCGAUCAAGCUCUGGAGAUGGGGGAGGUUCUUCGUACUCAAGCUUCCGAGGCCGGGUUUUCCUCGGAGCUUUUGGUGGCGAAUACUUUGAUCGAUAUGUACGUCAAGUGUGGAUACUUGCGAGGAGCUCGUGAAGUUUUCCACCGGAUCGAGCAUCCGGACGUGGUUUCCUGGAACACUUUGCUGCUGGGAUACGUGGAAAACGGAGAGAUCGAGCAGGCUUUACGGCUUUUUGAGCUCAUGAAGUCCACAAACGUAGCUCCAGACGCUCGAACGUUUGCUGCCGUCCUCAAAGCCUGUGCGAUAGUCCCGCGCUUAGAAACUGGGCGAGAAGUCCAUCGGGAGAUUUGCCGGCGUGGGCUGGAGAGCAAGAACGAGGUGCUGCAAAGCGGCCUGGUGGAUUUCUAUGGAAAGUGUGGCAGCAUGGUGGACGCCGAGCAGCUCUUCUACUCGAUCGCAAGCACGGAUCCAGUGACUUGGACCGCGUUGAUAGCAGGAUACAGCAGGCAGGGAGAUCACAGAGGCAAAGUUUUCGAGUUUUUCCACAAGAUGGUCGACGAGAAAGUCCCGGCAAGCGGCCCUGUGCUGCUGUGCGUGCUCUCGGCGUGCAGCCACGCGGGGCUCGUCGACACCGGCACCAAGUUCUUCCGGGAGAUGAGCUCCAGGUUUGGAGUGAUCCCCCGGAUCGAGCACUACCACUGUGUGAUCGACCUCCUGGGCCGCGCGAACCGACUGGACGAGGCGCUGGAUCUCAUUCGCGGCAUGCCUUUCGAGCCGAGGUCCGUGACUUGGAAAACGCUGCUGGCGGCGUGUGAGAAGUGGGAGAACGUGGAUUUGGCGAGGCUCGCGUUUGGUUCGUCUCUGGGAGAAUCGGAGAAUGGUGGCGGGCUUGAAAUGGAGAAAGGCUGCGGGAAUUACGUGCUCAUGUCAAAUAUCUGUAGAAGCGGCUAG